AUGCUGCUCCGCGUGGUGCUGAGCGCAUCCCUGGGAGGGUUCCUGUUCGGCUAUGACCUCGGUCUUAUGGGCGGCGCCAUACUGGCCAUCCGGGAGGCACUGGGCACCGGCACCGCCACCGAGGAGCUGAUCAUGGCCGGGGCCAAGCUGGGCGCCGUGUUCGGAACCUUCCUGGGCGGCGCGGUGAUGCUGCACUGGGGCCGGCGCGCCGCCCUGGCGGCGGACGGCGUCUUCUUCGUCGUCGGGCCCCUGGCCAUGGCGCUGUCCCCCGGCGUGGCCGGCCUCGUCGCCGGCCGUGUGGUGGUCGGCCUGGGCAUCGGCAUGUCGGCCGUGGCGGUGCCGGCCUACCUGGGCGAGCUGGCCCCCGCCGCCCACCGAGGGGCCACGGUGGAGGUGUACGAGCUGCUGCUCACCGUCGGCGCCCUCACGGCCGUGGUGGUGGACGCGGGGUUGCACCAUGUUCCCCACAACUGGCGAUGGAUGGUGGGCGCACCCCUCGGCCCCGCCCUGGCCCUGGGAGGCCUGCAGACCUCCACGGCCGAGGUGGAGGCGGAGCUCAUGGCGCUUUGGUCCGCCGUCGAGAAGGAAAGGACGGAGGUGACGGCGCGGCGGGAGCGGCACGCUGCCGCUCGCGAGACGCGGGCCGCCCCCAUUGCACAGGUCGAUGUCGAGGCGGAGGCCGGCUCUUCGCCCAGCCACUCCAAGUGGCUGCCGCUGCAGGGGGCUGACCCGGCAGAGGUGGAUCUGGGCCACACCAAGCUCCUGCAGGAGGGCCAAGAGAGCAGCAGCUUCGUGUCUCCGACGGAGGACCUGCGGUGCGAGCAGGCUGCCCUCAACCCCAGUACCGCCAUCGAGGUGGACGAGGGCAGCCUGGUGGUCGACGCAGACGGGCAGCCGCCGGGCUUCCUACGCGUCUCUGCCGACAUGUUUCUGGAUGUGUGGCUCCUGCCCAGAGGCCCAGACCGCCGCGCCUUCCACCUCGCGCUGUGCCUCGCCUUCUUCAACCAGGCCGUGGCAUCCACCGCCAUCAUCAACUACGCGCCCUCCCUGCUCGCCAGCGCGGGCCUGGCACCCGCCCGCGCCACCCUCGCCUCGGCCGCCGUGUCGGCGUGCAAGCUGGUGGGCGUGGUGGUGGGCCUGGUGCUGGUGGACCGCGCCGGCCGGCGCCGGCUGCUGCUCACGGGCUCCGUGCUGUGCACGCUAUCGCUCGCCUGGCUGGCGGUGGCGGACGCGGUUGGCAGCGUCGGACUGCUGCUGGCGGGCAUGUGCCUCUUCGUGCUGAGCCACAGUGCUUCCUGGGCGGGAGUCUUCUGGGUGCUCCUAUCCGAACUCUUCUCCAUGGCGGCCAAGAGCCCGGCGACGUCGGCCGCCACCGCCACCCUCUUUGCGACUGGGGCCGCCAGCGACGCGCUCUUCCUCUCCUUGCGUGACUGGCUGGGGCCGGGUGCCUUUGCAAUGUACGCCUGCAUCGCGGCGGCUGGGGGGGUGUAUGUCAUGGCCAAGGUGCCUGAGACAUCCGGCAGGACCUUGGAGGAGAUCCAGGCGCUGCUGGCGGGGGGCCGGCGCGACCUGGAGCUCACCGCUGGGUCUGGCUGA